AUGAUUGAUAAUAUUAACAAAUUAUCAUCGAAUCUUGAUGGUACAAAACAACAGCCGACAGCAGCAUCACUUGUUAAUUUAACAGAUGAUGACGUAAUUAAAAUAUGGGACGCUGUUUCUGGUUUCAUCGAAUCAUUUAUGAAACAAUCGAAGGGCGUAACUAUUCCUGGAUUUGGUACAUUUACAUUUGUUCAUAAGCGUAUAGAUGUGGGAAACAAUAAAUAUCUUCUUAUUCAACGACCCAUUUUUGCAUUUUCGGAAAAAUUUGCUCAAACUCAUGCUUUGAAGUUUACUCACUAUCCAGUGAAUGGAUCGAUACCGAUUCAUCCGUUGAAUUACUUUUCGAUUCAAUUACAGUCGAAUUAUUCACGAGAUCAAAUUGAACAAUGUGUCAAACAUGUUUUACAAGUUUUCAAUCGUUCAGUAGCAGCACAACGUAAUGUCGAGUUUACAUUUUCACGAAUAGGCAAAUUACAAAUUCUUGAUGGAACUGGGGGCAAACAUUCGCUGGAUAAUGUGUGCAAUAGGCCACGAACGUCUGAUUCAGUGAUGUCUGCACGGGAAGCAGCAAGACCUCCAUCAGCUUCAAAUGUUGUUCUUCCAAGAUUAAACAGUCGUGUUGGUAAUCCAGCAUUACAAGCUAUUCACGAAGAGAAUCCGACUGAAAACGAACAACGAGAACCAACACUUUGUAUCACAGUACUUCCAUUAACGAACGUUGUAACAACGACAGGAGUCACUAAUUCACAAGAUGAAUCUACUUCUGCUGCGCCACUUCUUUCUUCAACUGAUUUGGGUCAACUAUCUUCGACAUCAAUCACCGGAAAAAGACCGGUAACACCGUUGGUUCCAUUAAAACGAACAGUUACGUUUUGUCAACCAGAGAAUGAUAAUGGGCAAAUGACAAACAACCCAUCAAACGGUGUCGUCAUGCGUGCAACCAACGAGAACACUGCUGCACUUGGAUUUAGUCGUCCAUUAACAGAUCGAAGCGCUCGUGAUCGUAUAUCAUCGUCAUUAAAUGUUCAUCCUGAACAGUACCAACAUAUCAAUUCAUCAGCAAUUGCUAAACCCUUAACACCAUGUGGCCAUCAUGGUGCAGGACAAGAACUUUGUUAUCUAUGUCAUCAGCGUGCGAAACGUAAUGUUCCUGUUUAUUUAAAUGAAGAACGGCGAAUUCGUGAAGCUGAAGAAGCGAAACUACUUGAACAGUAUCGAGAUCAACGGGAUCUUGAGGAACAACGCAAACAAGAUGCUGCGUCGAAAGCUGAUCGAGAAGACAAACAGCGAAUAGCUGCGUAUAAUUUGGGUAUUGCUGAAGCAUUACGAGCGAGAAAAAUGGAACGACCGAAAACGAGUGAUGCCUCACGUUCAUUUGUCUUUCGAAAACGUGUUCAAACUCCUCCAACUUACGUUCGUCAACAAGAUUUAGCUAAGCAAUUAGAUGCUCAAAUUAAAUGGAAACAGGACGAAGAGCGUGCCGAGAGACAAGAUAAACAUUUCACAGAACGUUUUGAACAAUUGCAACUAGCCGAAGCCUUAGCACAAGAACGUGAAGCAUUCCUACGAAAUAAACGACUUCAUCAAGAAGAGCUGAAAAGUGCACUGGAUAAUCAAGUUCGAAAUAAGCCAUCUGGAAUUCCUGCUGUUGAAGAAGCCGCACCAUUCUUUGGUGUACAUGAUAUGUCGACUGAGAAAGUACAAGAACGUCGUUUUCAAGCUAUGGAAAUCUUCCGACAGCAAAAAGAAGUUGUUGAACAACGUCAGCGUCAACAAUUACUCAAACAAAUGCGUGAACAAGAAUACGAAUCGAAAGCAUUAGAUGCUGCCAAAGAAGAUUUAAUAUCUGACCGUCGUGAACGAUUUCGGCGUGCAUAUACCAUACGAAAAGAUCUUGAAGCAGAUUGGUCAAAUGCGACCGAAGAGAAACGUCAGCGUGAUCAAGAGGAAAGAACACAUGUAUAUGCUCCUCAAGGUGUGCUUGUACAUGAACAAUGUGAUCAAUAUAAACGUUGCACUCAAUGUCAACGUCAUACAAAUAAUUAUGGUGGUUCAAACAUAUGGAGAGAUACACGUUAUGUGCCUGGAACACGUAUUAUGGUUUAA